UAGGGAUAUAUGAUUGUGUUAACACCGGUUGAAGAAAAACAAAAGCGACAGAAAUAUAUUAAAAAGAAAUAUAUCGUAGGUUAUCGUAAAAUGCAACAGUAGGAAGAUGGGGGAACCACAGCAAGUGAGUGCGUUUCCUCUGCCCCCAAUGCAGUAUGUUAACCAAUAUACUGAUGAGAAUGUGAAAAGAGGCAGGGUGCCACACCCUCCACCAGCCAUUCAGGACACAUACACAAUGUUUGGAAAUACAUUCACAGCCGAUGACAUGAUUGUACGACCCUUAGAAUCUCAGGGCUUUAGACGUCUUCAUCCGCAGAGUUAUGAUCAUAAGCGCGAACUAAAGAAACUGAAUCAUUCUAUACUGGCAAACUUUCUUGAUUUAUUAGACAUUUUAAUCAAAGCUCCGGACUCGCCGAAAAGAAACGAGAAAUUAGAAGAUCUGAAUCUUCUGUUUAUUCAUAUGCAUCAUCUCAUUAAUGAGUUUCGACCGCAUCAGGCGCGAGAAACUUUACGGGUAAUGAUGGAGCUGCAGAAGAAACGGCGGCACGAAGUAGCUGAAAGGUUUCAGGUGCAUUUAGAUAAAGUGACAGAGUUAAUACAGAAAAGUCUGGUGGCUUUGCCCGAUGAAUUCAGUUUGGACUCUAAAGUUUUGGUAAAAAGUGAGAUUUUAACCUCGGAAAUGGACGAGCCGGAACAAAGGCGAGAUAAUGAAGAGUGUGACCAGCUGGAUAGAAUGAUGUGUGACAUAGUGGAUGGUUUAAACUGAAUCGUAACUAAAAAUUUUACUGGUUUAAUUAGCAUUUUCAGACAUAGAUGCAGUCUGAAUAAACCACUUUUAAAGGCAGAAAUAACUACAUUUACCAGUACUUUUAAAAUUAGUUAGGGCUGAUCAUCCAUUAAGAAUUAGAUACUGUAAGUGUAUUAAUAUUAGCGGAGUACUAAUUUUCGCGCUAUUAGCGGGAACGGGCAUGUGCUAAUUCAUGUCUAGCGCUAAUAUUAGACUGAAAUGAAAGGCUUUCCUAAUAAAAAAGUAACAUUUACCUAUUGAUAAUACCGUAAUUACAAUGCAAGAUAACACAAAGAAAUACAUAUGUAUUGUGUAAAUAUGACAAUAACUGCAUUCCUAACCAAUAUUCUGCAGAAUGUUUCAAUUAGAAUAAUCAAACCUGCUUGAACAUUAGUGCAAAAGUCAUCUAUUAUUGUAAAUUAAAUUGCAUUUAUUUUUAUCUUCGCCAUUGUCCGUAAACAUCGUAUAUAACACCUUUGGAGUAGAUCACCACUUUGUCUGGUCGCGCUAAUUACCAGUGUUACCAUAACAUUUUACUGCUUUGAAAAUCAAGUGUGAAUUUGAAAACAAACGAUUAUCACCAUUUUGCACUGUAUACUGUAAAAAAAAAGUGUAAAUAAAAUACAAUGGAGAUAAUAACAUUUAUUUAAUACUAGUACGAGAUUUUUCCAAAGUAUAAAAAGAAAGAAAAAGAAAACAGAUCAACAUGCAUAAUAUAUAUUGCUUUUUUAUUAAAAAAAAAGACAAUACAUAUGCAAACUUUAUUUUUUAAAGAAAAAACGUGUAUAUAUAGUCCCGGGCAGAACUGUUUCAUACAACAGUCACGUUCGGGCCAUUCCGUAUUUGAUCGGAAAUUUGUGUUUCAGCUACCGCUAAUUGGCUAUUUUAGCACUGCUGAUACUGCGCUAAUACACGUACGUGCUAAUAUGUCGAAACUACUCAAUUUAAGGUGUUUGCGCUAAAAUUUAGCUGCGCUAAUAUAAGUACACUUACAGUAUGGGUUGCAUAUUGUAAUGCCAAAUUGGCAUUUGCUGGAAAACCUGUUAGUGUGAGUGAAUAUCACUGGAGAUUCUUGUUAUAAUUUUAAAAGACUUAUAACAGCUUUAGUAUUUUGAAACUCUCUGUCAUGCCAAGUAGAAUGUAUUUUCAUGCUAAAUGAAUUGUAAAUCAUUAUAUGCCAUACCAGAACGGUUAAAGAAAAGGAAAAUAUAUUCUGUACAGUGAGUUCUGUAGCACAUGAGUUGUAAUUACACUUGUGAUUAGAAUGUGUUGGUGAUUACAUGUUUGUAUCUAA